CAACAGUUCGAGAGAGCUACGUUUACCUCAUUCGAUCUCCUGCAUGAAAACACAUGGCCUAGGCUUGAAAGUGAUAUCACAUCUCGCCCAAAUCAUCUCAUCUCGUCACCUUUCGCUUCUGGCACGUGCAGACGAGAACCAUGUGGUGACCGAUAAGCGUAACGCAUACACGCAUACCUGACCCAGUUCUAAUGAUCUCCCUUACAUCUGCGGACCACGGACCCUCUCACACUACCCUGUCUGCCUGUCAAGUCUGUCAUAAUCUGAUCCUGGCCUGCUUGGGUUCUCCGCAUCUCCAUUGUUCCCCUGGCUAUUUCUCAUUAUCGUCUCCCUGCUUCCAGAUCCGAGUCUUUCCCGGCGGAAUCGCGUAUGAACGGCAGCUUGGAGGAGAGCUCUGCUCUAGUUCUCUCGACCAUUUUGAGGCCGAGACCUGACAAUGGGGAUCAGAGUUUAGCUUGCAUACCAGUCUUUCGUUUCAGCCACGAUGCCAUCACAACAAUGCUGCUAGAGUGGCCAAGGUGCUUACUGAUGGACUAUGAUCGCGUCCGGUGAUGCUUUGCGACCGGGGAGAACAGUUCUAAUUAUUCCCGGGUGAUGCACCAGCACUAACCACUAACUCACCCGCCUCGAGGAUCUUAUCCUCUCACUGACGCAAAACUGUCUGUCCCAUGGUGUGGACGAGUUCAAUGCCCAGCCGCUAUCUGCGCCCUUGUUAAUAAUGUCUUGGCACACUGGAACACCAUGUCCAGUGCUGCUCUGUCUCGACGCUAAUUGGAAUUCAGUUGCCUUUCCUUACUGAUGGCAGCUUCAAGUGAAAGUUCUGUCUUGGCGCCCAUUCAGCUUCCCCGGCCCUGCAUAGUUGCCGUUCGCGGACAGUAGCUCGCGGCAUUUUCCCGCUUGAGCUUUUUGUGAGAGCCGUAGGCAUGUUCGCGUUCUCCAAGUGGAGAUGCGAUGUGAUAUCUAGACAUGUCACAGCAGAUUCCAGCAAGCAGCCUGCAUCCCGAGAUGGAGGUAACAAUGCAAUGCUCGUGGGCAACACAGACAGACAACUCCCUUCUUGUCCUCCCUUGCGCUUCGUCCUUGGUUUCUUUCGUCCAAGGAUCAGCAGCUUCCAAACCUUGAGGUCGAAAAGAGUCAAGGCCCAUUAGAGCCCGUCCGCGGCGCUUGGUGAUGGUCUAUAGCCUAUACGAACCCACCUGUCUUGGUCUGUCUUGAUUUGUUUUGCUUUUUCGCGGCGCGACCAUUGCCUCCCCGACGGCGCCACUCAGAUUCCCACCUCAUUCCUGUCGUCAGGGCGUGGCCGUUAGUUACAUUCAUCUCUUCCGCUACGAGUGCCAGUGCCAACGCCAGUCCCGAUGCCAGUAUCACGUCCUUGGUUACCUGGCCUGUGCUAUGUGCAACUGCAACAGACCCCGCCCAUCCAUUCUUUGACUUGCCCACUGCAGGCCAAUUUCUCGCUUCCAUCCCAUGUCUCUCGACGUUUACAUACACCCCUGCCUCCCUCGAUCGACGGUGUCUCGCCCUGCAUGUCCACUUCUGGCCACUCUUAUAUCCACUAUUCCCUGAUGACUUGCUAUUGAGUUCCAGUCCGAGUCAAAUCACAUAAGUGUCGUGGUGCCCUUUGAGAUCGUCCUCCUCUAAACGCCAAGGCAGUGAGUCACGUUGAUUCGUGGUCUGUUCUUGUCGUUGGGCCUUGUUCGUCCCUGCAUCAGCCUCCAUGUCUGUGCUCGCUCCUCGGAUUCCAGUGGCUAUAUACUUAUACAGACAAGAUCCAAAUUCGCGCGAGGCUUCACCUUCGCCCUCAGCACCAUCGCCUCCUUCGAAAAGACGUUCAGUCUCGAGCAUGACAGGCUUGCUGCCGUUUGCAUUACCAGCUCCCCGCUCAGAGACACCAAGUAUUCUCGACAAAGAAGUCAUUGACGACAUGAUGGAUUGUUUUCCCGAGGUGCUGGUCAGAGAUCUGGAAAGAUCGAGCUCAGUGUUCAUGGCAAAGAACAUGACUGCUGGCAUGCCAUCCGCUCCCGUCUGGUUUGCAGAGGACCAGACCACUCAUGGUAUAAUGGGACCAAGUCGAAUCAUUACUUCCCCAUAUCAAUCCGGAUCCGUGCGAGUACAGAAUUUAGGGUCUAUAGAAGAGCGGCAGUCAAUGGUGUCUUUUCUUGAACACCGUGGGCAAGGUGUUGAUGAGAUCGAAUCUGACGAGGAGUCCGAAUCAUUAUCAGAAUCCUCUGAAGCCAUUGAGGUGCCUUCUAUCAAGUUACGCGAGCAGUCCAUUGUCACAACAGCGACAUCUCUCACAUCGGCCAGUGGAAACCCACCAUCGCCCAAGGAUCUCAUGUCACCCACACGAAGUCAAGAAUACAGUUGGAUUGAUGUUGAUUCUGACGAUGAUGAUGAGCCUGAGCCUCAAAGUCGGGAGCAGUUGAACACGCUAGAAGAGACCGCUGCUUUAUCACCACGACCUCCUACACCCCCAAACACCGAGCCUACCUUUGAUAUCACUGUCAUGAUGGAGGCGCCCAAACCUCGGCUUCACAGAGUCUGCUCCUACAUUGACGAGUCUCCCAAACAGAGCAAACACAAAAGACAAUUCUCUGUAAAAUCCAUGGACGCGCCAACAAUUCCCCCCAGAAAAACAUCCCUCACAAGUGCGACGGAUUUAUUAGACACAACUCCUCGGAUCGUAAUACCCAGCUUUGAUUCGCGGAUGGGCCCGGACAGUCAAGGUUACACUAAGCAGUUACCCUCUUACACCCAGCGCUUUCGCGAUGAGACCGACAACAACACAAUCCUUCUCAAAUCAGACUUUGGAUCAAUUGAGCUAGAAAUCGAGGACGAAGACACAUUCAUGGAUCACUGUCCACCUCCCCCACCACUGUCACGACCUGACACAGUUUAUAUCGAACAAACUCCACCUCCAUCACCACUACCCACUGUCGAAUCUUGGCUAGAUGACUCCAGUCCUCCAUGUCUGCCUCAAAUUCCCGUUGACGACUUGGCAAAGGCCGUGCCACUGCCACCUGAUAUUAUCGAAACACUACGAGUCUCAAUUGCUUGCUUCCCAGAGACGAUGCUCUUGUCAUCUAGCUUGACAACAGAAACAAUCCGCGCCUACUCGAAGAAAGUUCGGCAGCCUUCAGUCGACGCUUGGUCUGAGCCAGCCAACGACUCAUCGACACUGCACCCACGAAAGUCAAUUUGGAAGAAGGUUGUCUCACAUGGUCGCGACUCAACUAGCACCAGACGUCAGCGGUUACACUCGUAUGAGAGCAACACACAUUCGGGCGCCGCCGCAUCUCCAGUGCCCUGGGCCUCGCUGCGACAUGUGUUUCCCGGCUGCUCAGAUUACAUCUGUGACGCGCUGUAUGCGCACAUCGUCGCCUACAACUACGUUUCACGAGUUCCACGCAACCAGCCAUUAGGACAGCGAGCGUCGACCUCGGACUCGAAACAGCAGGGUGAGAACAUCCCCAAGAAGGCUGCAUCGCUUCUAGGCCUAGGUGCAACUCAGCUCAACCCCUCACCUAGUGUUGGUCGGUUCGCCAAGAAGUUCAGUGCUCCCCUGACAGUCAUGGGAUUCGGCAAGGAGGAAACAUCUACAGCAACUGUUCAAGACAAUGCGACACGAAACAUCGAAUCAGGUCUUCUUCGCUGUAUCUCUAGGCUAGUGGCUACAGCCAGGAUGAUCUCUGAAGGAGGUGCUGGGGAGGAGAGAUUAAUGGACACGGAGCCGCCACAGGAGGUCGACAUGAUUUUUGUGAGGAGUAUAUGUGAGAUCGUCAGACUAUCAGAGGAGACAUCAUGAAGCCUGGUCAUUGAAGCAGCACAAACCCCCGGGGCAUUGACCCAAAGCGCUCUUUUCAGCAGCCUUUUUUUAUUAUGUUGAUAUAUGGGAAUGGUGUUAAUGGUUGUAUACCCUGAUUGACAGGUUGGGACUUUUUUACUUGGCCUGUGGACCAACGAACUCGAGAUAAUGCAGUCACGUCGACUCUGAAUUGAAACAUUACCACUACAAAAUCUUACUUAGUACUCCCCUGCUAUUGUCAGCCAAGUAACAUCUGACUGUUUCAGCCCUUCCACCAACACUCUCAUCUCCCCGUCUAACGUUGCACCGAGGCCAUGGAUAACUGCCUCGCCAAGACCGUCAUCCCAGACCAAGGGAUAAGAGGCUUGAAGCUAUCGAGGAUAACAAACUCGCGGGAUAACGAGGCUUUUCGAACUACCAACAAAGCUACACUAAUAUUUUUUUUUAAAGUUCCCCGUACGGGCGCUGGUCCCUGAUUUAUCUGAAGGGGGAGUUUAUUCAGGCUGAGCUAUGGCGUUUUAGAUCGUGGAGCCAGAUGGUUCCCGGAGCUAACAGUCUUACUAGGGGGAGCUAUAACCGACUACUAUCUUAGCUCGGAUCGAGAAAAAAGGUCAUGGUACUGUAGUAUUCGUCUCUUCGGGUCCGAGGCUUGCCGUGAUUUGAAAUGUGUCAUGAGACGACGCCAAGAGAUCUAGGGAUUUGUGUGUGUGUGUGUGUGUGUGU